GCUGGGAAUUCCAGCAUCUAGACAGUAUUCCAACCUGAAGCAGACUCACCCCUUCCUGCAUGAACAUCCUGGAGCCCCCACUGGAUGCAGACACCCUAUGCCCACCCCAAUCCAGGACACCUAUUUACAUGGCACUGGAGUCCCCACACACACACCUCACGUGGUGUUCUGGAUCUCAAGGCCACAUUGCAGAGACCACAGGAAUAGGGUUUGGCUUCCUUCGGUACCAGACUUCCAGACCAAGCACAGCACAAGGAAAGGACUCAGGAUUCUUCUGAACCAGCUUACAAAGGAUGUCACUGAGGAACUUCCAUGGAAUGAAGGAAGAAAACAAAGAAGAGGAGGGAAUGGGUCACAGGAACUCAGGGGCAGAGGACAGUGCUGUGGUGGGAGGGGCCCCCAGGGCCCAGCUCCCUCCCCAGGCCCUACCCAUUAUGACCUCCCUGGCUGUACCUAGGCCUUUGUGACUGUCACUCAGGCAAACCUGUGAGCCAGAGUGACACCCAAAGUACCCUCAGUAAGAGGGUGGCAGGUCAGCCAGGCCAGAGCCUGGACCUGGGGUCAGGAAGGGGUCACAGGGAGGGAUGGAGGGGCCAAAAACUCUGGGACCCUGUGGCCACUCCCACUCCCAGUGUCCCCCAGCCCCAGCCUCGAGCAGCCACGGAGGAUGCUUGGAUCAGCCCUGCCAGGGAUUUGUAAGGUGGCCCUGUCUGAUCCCCAUUCCCUCCACUCACUCACUGGAGUCUGUGAGGAUUUUACCAGUCCCGGGGGCAGGGGGCAGGGAACCCAGGGUGGGGGGUGAGGCAACCAGGGUCUUUUUCUCAAGUGAAGAAGGAGAGAUGCAGCGACAGAGAGCAAGAGAGCCAGUGGGGCCAAGACAAGGAGAAAUGGAGGCAGGGCUGGGGUGGGGCUGGCCCCUGCACCAAGGGCUAGAGCAAGGGCCAUACAGGCAGGGGGGAUCCCCCAGUUUAGGGCCCAGACCCUGCCCAUGUCCAAACCUUCCUUUGGGAGGAGGGGUCCCAGCCUCACCCAGAAUAGCCCCCUCUCAGCUCCAGAGCGGGCCACUGGGGUCUGCAGAACAAUCCUUUCUCCAGCUGGAGCAGGAGAACCACAGUCUGAAAAGGCAGAACCAGGACCUUCGGGAGCAGCUGGGGGUCCUCCUGGGUCCAGGACAGCAGUUCCUACCCCUGUGUCCAGAGCACUCGAGCUGCACAGCCUUGGCCUGGUCCCCUGAGUCAGCCAGCACCCGGCCCCUGGAGGACAGGACACCUGUUCAGCUGCUACGACGGGAGCUGUGCCAGGGGGAGGAGGCCUUCGUGCGGCAGUCUCAGAAUGAGCUACAACAAAUACGACUGUCCUUUGAGAGGAAGAAGAUGGCCAUCACUGAGGUAUGGGAUGGCGUGGCCGAGGUACACAUGGCCCUGAACAACCAGGCCACUGGGCUCCUGAACCUCAAGAAGGACAUCCGGGGUGUGCUAGACCAAAUGGAGGACAUUCAGCUGGAGAUUCUGGGGGAGCGGGCCCAGUGCCACACUCAGGCCAGGAAGGAGCAACAGAUGUCAUGCACGGAGAAAGGGAGGCCACACCUGGGAUGUUCCGAGGGCCUCAAGGGCCAGUUCUGGCUGCUGGCCCUGAGGCUGCUGCUGGGCGCCCUGCUGGCCUGUACCGCUGCCUACGUUUACGUGGUGGACCCUGCACCCUUCGAGGGGUUGGUGCCGCCCCUGCUGAGCCGAGCCGCUGUCUGGAAGCUCCGGGCCCUACUGGGCCCCUUCCUGCGCCUCGAGGUGGAUGACUUCCUGCCCUUCUAGGCCGGAGGCCCAGCGGCCCCAGCGAGGAGGAGGCCAGGCGGCCGCCGGUGCUGCCCUGGGUGCCCAGUGGCCCCGUCAGCCCCUGGCCACAGCACUGCUGCACACCGUCCCUGCCAGGAGCUGCGGAGAAGGGUGGAGGCAGGGUCUGUCCUGAGGGCUGGGCCUGUGGC